AUGUCGACUAGCACUUUCGCACUGCCGGGCCCACCCCCUACCAAGCUAGGCGUCCACCGCAUCCUCUCCCGGACGGCUGGUAUCCGUGUCUCGCCUCUGGCCCUCGGCGCCAUGUCCAUCGGGCAGGCGUGGGCCUCGGCUAUGGGCUCCAUGGACAAGGAUGCGUCCUUCGAGCUUCUCGACGCCUUUGUGGAGGCCGGCGGCAACUUCAUCGACACGGCCAACAAUUACCAGGACGAGGAGUCCGAGAUCUGGAUCGGCGAGUGGAUGGCGGCGCGCCAGAACCGGGACCGGCUGGUGUUGGCGACAAAGUUCACGUCCGAGUACCGUGGCCACGCAGACGGCAAGGGCAAGACGCCAAACCACUCGGGCAACCACCGCCGGAGCAUUCACAUGAGCGUGCGUGACUCACUGAGAAAACUGCAGACCGAAUACAUCGACAUUCUCUACCUCCAUUGGUGGGACUACACCACAUCCAUCAAGGAGAUCAUGGACACUCUGCACAUGCUCGUCGAGCAGGGUAAAGUUCUCUAUCUUGGCGUCUCCGACUGCCCGGCCUGGGUCGUCAGUGCGGCCAACCAGUACGCCGUCGACCACGGCAAGACCCCCUUCUGCAUCUACCAAGGCCGCUGGAGCCUGAUGAUUCGGAACAUGGAGCGCGAGAUCGUCCCCAUGGCUCGCCUGUUUGGCAUGGCCCUCGCUCCGUGGGACGUUCUCGGUGGAGGCCGAUUUCAGUCCAAGAAGGCCAUCGAGGAGCGGAAGGCCAGGGGCGAAGGCAUUCGCACUCUGUUGGCGGCGCCGACGCAGACGCCCGCCGAGGAGAAGAUCAGCGAGGCGCUCUGCAAAGUGGCUGCUGAGCACGGCGUCGAGUCACCGACCGUCAUCGCGUUGGCCUACAUCAUGAGCAAGGCCUCCAACGUUCUCCCCAUUGUCGGUGGCCGGAAGGUGGAGCAUUUGCACGAGAACAUCAAGGCACUGAGCAUUCGGCUCACCGACGAGCAGAUUUCCUUCCUCGAGAGUGUCCAGCCAUUUGAUCUGGGAUUCCCAACCAACUUCCUCGGGGAUGAUCCUAACGUCACGGGGAAGAAUACCUCUAGGAUCGCCCGUGCCGGGGCCGUCACGUUUCCCAACGCGCACAAAUGA